CACAUGGGCGCGGAGGCGAUGCGGGCCGCGCUGGUGGCGCUGCGCAGCGUCGUUGCGCUGCGCGUGCAGGUGUUCCGAGCUGCCGACCUACGCGCCACGCCACCACCGCAGCCGUACGUCUUCUACACCGCGUCCGCACCGAGCGGGCUGAGCUGUGUGCGGGACACAACUGUGCGCACGUCCACGAAGGCGUUCACCACCGACCCCGUCUUUGAUGUGGAGCCCAUCGAGCACCGCGUGGUAGUGGACCAGGAGCUGCUGCUCUUCAUUGCGGAGGGCGCCGUUGUGUUCGUGGUGUUCGACGAGCGCGCGAAGGAGGUGCGGGCGAACUUGGGCGUCGCGGAGGUGCCGCUGCGGCCUCUGCUGGCGUCGCCGCAGGCUGUGGUGCGCACGACGGAGGUGCUGCACCCGCAGGGCACACUGACUGUCGGCCUCUCGUGGGUCUGCAGGGCGUAG